CCGGUUUCAGUUACAGAUUCGAUGUCAUAUAUCGCGGGUUUUGGGUUGCCUGCCCAAGAUCCCGUUGAUCAACUUGCAGAUCAAUUGGAUAAUAGCUUGAAAAUAUUCGAGUCUACCCGAUAUGUUGGUACUGGGUCUCUAUUAAUGUUGAGUGAUGGCGGUGAAGAACAAAUUAUUCCUCAAAUUCCAGAUGAUUUGUCUUCCGUUGAGGCAUAUUUAAAAGUAUUACCAAAUCCUGAAAAUGUAGAGAGUUUGGUCGAUAUAUAUUAUAAGAGAGUUUAUCGUCAUUUUCCUCAUCUGAAGAAAAGGGUGGUUCUCAACUGCAUUAAAGAUUUAUCGAGACCACAACAUUUCCUUUUGUUAAAUAGUAUAUUUUUUGCAGCUUCUCCUUUUCACCCGGAUGUAAAUAUGCAGGAUGGUCGCAUAUAUCAUCAGAGAGCAAUAGCACUUUUGCAAAAUCAUUGCCUUCAAACUCCUCAUGUAUUAACUGUUAUUAGCUUAUUUAUACUAGGCCUUCAUACCAGAAAGAUGGGAUCUGCAUGGAUCUUUCAUGGGAUGGCUUCAAAAAUGACAUUUGAAUUAGGGCUACAUCGUAAAAUCAAAAAUCAACAAAUUAAAAUGAACGACGAUGUUAAGGAAAUGAGAGAUAUGGCUUUUUGGGGAUCAUGUUAUGGUCGUCCUAGUGCCAUCGAUGAAGCAACUUGUGAUGUUGACCUUCUCUCAAUACCAUCAAAUCCUGAGCCAGAUGAUGAGACUCGGCUACAUAUUGCAUGGAUUCUUCAUAUUAAUUUAUUUCGUAUUUUCGCUCAAGUGCGCAAAUAUUUAUAUGGACGUGCUAAAAUAGCCGGUAGCCGUCGUGAAGAAAAUCAAUUUAGAUUUUUAGAUGCUGCGUUGGGUAGAUGGUUUUAUACUUUACCUCACUGGCUAAAGUUUGAAGAAAUGGCUCGAGAUGUGCAAGGAAGUUUAUUGGGAACAAUUGGAGGAGAAAUGCACACUUUAUUCUGGACGGUACUUAUUCUUCUCCAUAGUAGAAAUUUAACUAUGUUUACAGUGAAUCCAAACACCGUUACACCAAAUUCAUUUGAUGACGCAUCUCGUGUAUCAUCUCAAACCAUUUGUAUUCAUGCAGCUACCAUACUACUACAUUGGCUUGAUGUACUUAUGAAUUCUAUGCCAUGUUUUUAUGAGCAAUCUUGUACAGCAUUAUUUUCUAUUGCACCUGCCAUACGUGUUUUAGCUUGGACAGCUCAACGAGGAGAUACUAAAGCUGAAAGUAUGGUCGAAAGACUAAAAGAAAUUAAAAAAAACGUUAGAGAUAUUGCGAGGAAAAGGCAACAAGGAGGAGAGGGUAGAUUGGAUGGAGAAGUAAGAUUGCAAGAAUGGUUAGAUAAAGCCAAAGCAGAUGAAGCUAAAAAUACGCAAGCAAGAGCAGGAGAAUAUAUAAUGCUUGACCCAGAUCAAUAUAGGAAAGAAUUUUCGUUUAUUGCAAAUAAAAGCAAGCCUAAUACUCGUCUACGUAAUAAUGAAGAUAAGUCAACGUUAUGGCCAAACGAUAAGGACAAUUUUAAUUUUACCUUUACUGUGGACACUUUUAGUAAUAAUGAAUUUCGUGAUAGAUCUUCACAACAUUUAUCAUCACCGAAUGAUUCAUCAACUGUGAGUCAUCAAUAUCAACAACGGACUAAUCUCUUGUUCACUAGUCUUUCUCCACCAAAUACUUCUGCUUCUACGUCACCAAAUCCUGCAACGUCACCAAAUCCUGAUC